AUGCCCAUGUCUUCCAGAGACCUGCGUCCUGGACACCAUCACUUUGGCUCCUUCAGCCCCUUGAGCCAGCUCUGGCCUGGUCCAGAGCCUCCAUCAGUCAAGGGCCUUUACUACAGCAGGGCCCGGAAGGUGGGCACCCUGGAUGCCUCUCCAGAGGCCGACCUGAAGAAGGAGAUCCUGGUGAAUGUGGGUGGCCGGCGAUACCUACUGCCCUGGAGCACCCUGGAUGCUUUCCCGCUGAGCCGCCUGAGCAGGCUUCGGCUGUGUCGCAGCUAUGAGGAGAUCAUACAACUCUGUGAUGACUAUGAUGAGAACAGCCAGGAGUUCUUCUUUGACAGAAGCCCCAGCGCCUUCGGGGUGAUUGUGAGCUUCCUGGCUGCGGGAAAGCUGGUGCUUCUGCGGGAGAUGUGCGCACUGUCCUUCCGUGAGGAGCUGAGCUACUGGGGCAUCGAGGAAGCCAACCUGGAACGCUGCUGCCUGCGCAAGCUCAUGAAGAAGCUGGAGGAGGUGGCUGAGCUGCGCCGGGAGGAGGCUGUGCAGCGCCAGCAGCAGCGCCAGGCCUGCCACUCCGAAGUGCACACUUCGCGAUGGGCCCGCAGCAUGAACCAGCUGCGUGAGAUGGUGGAGGACCCACAGUCAGGGCUGCCCGGGAAAGUCUUUGCCUGCCUCUCCAUUCUCUUCGUGGCCACCACAGCUGUCAGUCUGUGUGUGAGCACCAUGCCCGACUUCAGGGCUGAGGAAGACAAGGGAGAAUGCACGAGAAAGUGCUACUACAUCUUCGUGGUGGAGACCAUAUGUGUGGCCUGGUUCUCACUGGAGUUCUGUCUGCGUUUUGCCCAAGCCCGGAACAAAUGUCAGUUCUUCCGUGGGCCCCUGAACGUCAUUGACAUUCUAGCCAUCUCUCCAUACUAUGUGUCGCUCGUGGUGUCUGAGGAAUCUCCGGAGGCAGGAGAGAGGCUGAGUGGCAGCUCUUACCUGGAGAAAGUGGGGUUGGUGCUGCGUGUUUUGCGGGCACUACGUAUUCUUUAUGUGAUGCGCCUUGCCCGCCACUCUCUGGGGCUGCAGACACUGGGCCUCACCGUGCGCCGCUGUGCCAGGGAGUUUGGCCUUCUGCUGCUCUUCCUGGGUGUGGCGGUCACCCUCUUUUCCCCUUUAGUCUACGUGGCUGAGAAUGAGUCCGGAAGGGUCCUAGAGUUUACCAGCAUCCCUGCGUCCUACUGGUGGGCCAUCAUCUCCAUGACCACAGUGGGCUAUGGGGACAUGGUCCCUCGCAGUGUUCCGGGCCAGAUGGUGGCCCUGAGCAGCAUUCUUAGUGGUAUCCUCAUUAUGGCCUUCCCAGCUACAUCCAUCUUUCACACCUUCUCCCACUCCUACCUGGAGCUGAAGCGAGAGCAGGAGCAGAUCCAGGCCCGACUCCGGCGUCUUCAGAACACAAACUCAGCCAGCGAAAGGGAGCUCCUGAGCGAUGUGGAUGAUCUGGUCCCUGAGGGCGCCUCCCCCAUCCGCUAUGUGUAACUCCUACAACCUUAGGAAUGCGCAAUAAGUUCAACCCAUCCCAUGACUGAGACAAGCUCCUGAACCUCUCCUCUCUGGUGGACCAUCUGUGAGAGUGUCCCCAGAAUACUGACUGACUUCCAAAGCAGGAAAGGUGCCAGGCCAUACGGCCAUGGGUGUGAUCCUGGGCACAUCCCUUGUCCUUUCCCUGGCUCCUUGCCAGAUACUGGGCACAGCCCAUCUUGGCAGGCUGGGUCAGUGUCCCUGUAUUCUUUUCCCUUUCUUGCAGACUGUGUUAUUCCACCCUGGUUUCUGGAUGCUCUUUGAACUGACCACCACUAAUAGCCAAAUACAGAGUCUGCAGAUUUCCAUCUUCUCCCCCCAGACUCCUUGUCCUGGUCCAUGCCACCCCUGGGAAUCAGAGAGCUCUAGCACUGAGACCUGCUCAAAGCUCCAUGCAUCCUGCAAGGCUUCCAGGAGGAUUGUGUGCUGUCUUAGUUUCUGCUGCUGCCAACUGAACUUCCAGAUGCAGCAGAAGCACCCACUGCUCUAGCAGCUCU